UUCGUGCACAUCGCCGGCACAGCCUUCAUUCCGUGCAUAACCACCCGGCAUAAACCGCCGAUAUAAUUCUUUCAUAUGUCUGCCAUACAACAGCUAUGGACCCAACUCGCGAGUUUUCUUGGCUCCGCGGAGGUCCCCCUUAAGAGCACAAUCAUCGGGCUUGUAGUCUACGGCGCCAAAGAGUUCUUCGCUAGUGUCACCUUUAAAUGCCCCUCUGUUCACUACAAGGCCUAUGGUUAUAUGUACUUGUUUAUUCCCGCCGCAGUUUUGCUUUGUCUCUCUCUCAUGGCAUCGGACUCUUUUUGGGCGUGCCUCACCAGCUGUUGUCCCAGAAGGAAGAAGGUUCGAGGCGCGUGGUACAGGGCAAGAAAGCCGAUCUUUCUCGGAAUCCUGCUGCCCAUCUCGUGGUUGGUGAUUGCUUUUGUUGACACGCAGUUUUACGUGUGCGCAGUUUUGGGGCCAAAAGAUAUAGCGAUGGCCAAGGCAAUCACAACAGCAGCAAAGGAAGCGGUCUCACAAGACUUCUUGAACGCAGAAGCCAUGUCGCAGAUGGUUGCUUUCAUUCUGCUUCUAUCGCUCAUCGCGUGCGCUACAAUUGCUAUCACCAUUAUAAGGCUCUGUAAGAAGGUAGAUCCUGUCAUUAACAAAGACGACUUGCACAAGGAAGAGGCAGACUACGCCACGAAGCUCUUCCACGAAGGCCUAACGCCCUUGAUCAAGGGGAGAGCCAAGGGGUUGGUCGAUGAUAUCCUUAAAGAUGCCAAGGAAGAGGAUCUCUCAAAGUUGAUCAAGGAUGGGAUCAGUCGAUUGGCCGAUUUAUACCCAGCGCAUGGCGGACAUGUCAUGGGGGAGUACAAAAAAGACGAAGCGAAACUACCUAGGAGGGUCUCUCCGAGCUGAUCAAAGACUAUCAGACAAAUAAA